GUUACCAAAUAUUCUUAACAAAAUUCGUUGCGCUGACACGUUUGCGGAAAUCCGUGUCGAAUUUGCACUCGUCAGCGACGGAAAUGAUCACUCAUGUGAUUUAUCUAGAAUCUACAGUAUGAUAUAAGUCGAUGUAAUCCGUAAAAGAGUAGUUUUAGGUAUUUGUUUCCUGCGACUAAACAGGAGAGUCACGUUCGUGCACGUCACUUUUUGCCACGAUAGUAUAAAUAUCUCAACUACUGAACGCAAACGUCAAAAGGCGAUCACGCUGCGAAAGAUAUCGUUAUUAUCUGUUAAGCAUGGUCUCAAACGUUUUGCUAGUCAACACCGGGAACAUACUCUCCCUUAGCGAGGCGAAGAAGAAGGCAAGCCAAAAUUCUACUGAUGAGUUAAUCGAAGCACUGAAAAUUAUCCUAAAUGACAAGCAAGGCAAGGGAGAUGGUACGACGAUUAUCAAUGGAAAGGAGGACAUAGGUUUACAGGAUGUUGAUAGGAAAGACUUGAAAAUCGCCAUAAAGGUGUUUAUCUCUUCACCUGAUGAGGAUUCACUGAAGCAGGCAUUGGACCAAACAUUUAAGACACUCAAUACAGAUACUAUAGAAGCUUUAGUAAUAGCUUACAAAGGUACUGAAGAACCAGAAGACACAUUAUCAUCAUUGAAACGAAUAUGGUCUGUGGUAGAAGAAUAUGUGAAAAGUAACAAGCUAUCCAGUGUUGGUUUGAGUGACAUUAAUACAAAUACGUUCAUCGAACUGUUUCAAUGGGCCAAUAUAAAGCCAAACAUUGUCCAAAUUAAUUUAGCCACAUGUUGCGUUGUUCCGCCAGCUUUACAGACAUUCACCAAGGAAAACGAUAUUCAAUUAUUGACACACAGCGACCCAUGUCAAAUACUACCUCAAGAAGUAUUGGAGGAGAUUUUUGGUAACACUGCUCGUUUACACUGGUUGACUAGAUAUCAGAUUCAUCUUAAGUGCCGUGGUAUCUUAUCAUCAAAAGGAUACUUACUGUUUGUUAAUAACUUAAAUACUGAACCUUGAUGCUAGUAGUCACUAAAGAUUAUUUCUGUUUAUUGGUGAGGGUUUAAAUGUAUACAUAUAUACAGUAACA